AUGGCUGACGAGAAGGAGCAGGUGGCGGCGCCGGGUCGCCUGGACUGGGAACGGCUGGCGGAGGAGGACGAGGACGGGGGCUGUGAAGUGAAGCCCGUCGGCGGGCGGGAGGCGGCGACUUGGAGGAGGCCGUUCUGCGCUUUGGCCGCCUUCCUCUGCGCCAACCUGAUCUUCUGGUGAGAGAGACGCGCAGCCACUGCGCUAAUCCUAUAGACCCCCCCUCCCGAAACAUACAUAUAUAUGCGUGCCCCUUUCAUUCGUUCUUUUCCCCCACCUCGAUUGAGCCUCGGCUCACCCUCGCCCUCCGCUCCUGGGCUUUGCAAAACGUGCGAAUGAGCUGGGAGGGGGGAAGGGUGCAUCUGAGCAUGGGCAAAGUGCCUGUUGUAAAGGGCCCCGGCCGUUGGCUUCUAAACUAGCAGCGCCCGUUCAGACGUUUCCUGAGAGGGGCGUGAAAGCAAAAUAUCGCCACCCCCACCCCGUUUCUCUCUGUCAGUUGUUUUCAACCAGUUGUUUUCAAGCCUUGAAUGAUAGUCAGGGCUGCUGCGGGCAACACUGGCCUCUGUCCCUCUCUCCAGAGUGGCUGGGGAAACCCAGCCAGAUGGGCGGGGUAUAUUAAUAUAUAUUUAUAUUAUUAUCUAUCUGUCUUCCUUCCUGUCUCCCUCCCUCUCUCUCUGAUGCCCUGGUACUGAAGAAGCAUCCUUCUCUGAGCACAGUGCCUUUGCUUUGCUAGCCUUGUGAAUGCCUGUUAGGUGUGCUUGCUCUCCAUGAAUCUACCUAAUCCUGUAAAGCUCAUCCUGCACUGGAAUCCCAUAAGUUAAUUACCUGUGCUGUGGGAGGAAGUGCUUUUAAUUUCAGCAAAUUGAAUAAAUUAUCUCAUGCAAAUUGAAUAAAUAUGUAUUUUAUUUUUAUCUCCACGCUGAUGUGGUUUUUAUCUCCACAAUGGGUAGAGAUGGAGAAGGGAGCAUUCUUCAUCAGAAGGCAUAUGUUAUACAGGUAGAUUUGAGCCCCAGGAUGCAGAAAUCGAGCUCUGCCAUCCUUGGUAUUUCUAUUUAAAUCGAGCGCUUCUUAACUGUGUUCGCUUUGAAAGAGGCUCCUUUUGGUUUGUUGGGUGUUGCCACAAAAUGUUUCCUACAGAAAAGCAUGGGAAAGGAAACCUAUGGAAAGAAUUAAUGAUCCUGGCCGGGGUGGGGUGUGAUGGAGGAUAACCACACAAAGGGUAAAGCAGUGCUAGUGGCCAAGAAGUGGGCUUUGUGAGACGUGUUGCAGAAUGUGAAGAUGAAUCAGCUGUGGCUGGAUGAUGCCAGGGAGCAUCAAAGGCUCCUGAAGAAUGUUUGAAGGGAAGGUGGGGCACAGAUGUGGCAAGGUGAAAUAAUGACCAGGAAGUGCCCAUAAAGUAGAGCAUAUAAUCUUGCAUACUGGUUGCCUUGUGAUUCUGCAAAGUUGACAAAAAGCAGAGUGACAGCACCCCAAAUUGCACAGUCUGUUUCUCCCACUCUCUUGUCAUGGAUUGGCCCUGGGCUGCCAGCCUGCUGGCUUUAUGCUUGAAAUUGUCCCUUUCCAGUAGAUUCUUCAUACUCUUAUUUUCCUGGUGCCCAAACCAAUCUCUGUCAUUUCUCCCAUUCUUUAGUUUUUCUGUUUCUCUGUGUUACCAACCCUGUGCUAUAGGUAACUUCUCGUUUUAACCUUUAGCCCGCUAGUGUUUUUCCAAACAAGAAGCAUGUGCUUUUUUUCUUCAAGUGGCAUCUGAAACUGAGAUACUCUCCCCCCUACACUAGCUUGAAGAGAAAAUUCCUAGGGUCAUUGCUUUUCAUUACCAAGUUAAAUACUCAAUGGACUCGGAUGUAUAAUUGCAUUAAUACAAUGUCCCAAAUGUAGAUUCAGAUUUUGAGAUUAAAUAAAGUACUAACUUGAGUUGCUUGAAGAUUCAUAAACACACACACACAUACACAACCCUUCUAGUGCUCAUGUACCACAGAACUACUUAGCAACAUAUCUGCAUGGUGCUGAACUUUUUAAUAAGCAGGACUGAGCACAUGCUUGGGGCACCAGCAAAAGUGGGGAACCAAAAAAAGAAGGGAGAGAAUUUUUUGAGUUUGACAUCUGAUAUUUAAAAAAAACAAAACUUGAAGUAGUUAUCAUAGGAAAAAUCAGAAUUUUGUUGGACUUCCUUGCACACUACACCCUUCCCCCAUUUUUCUGUUCUCUUUUUAUUACCUAUCCCCACCUGAACCAAGGGGCAUCCUACUCUCCUAGAUUGAAAUAAUGCAAGGAAAUCAGUUCCUGUCAUGCGUUGCACAUGUACAUUUCAGCAUACAUGUAAGUUUUGUGUCAUUUUGAAAAAAUGUUUAUUUUAUGGUUAGUAAUGCUUUUUUAUUUUGAAUAACAUAUGGGGGUACCAUACUCUUUUCAGUGCUUAGGGCUAUAAAGGUCUUAAUCUGGCCCUGCAACAGAAGAAUUUAUAUUUCAGCAAGUAUGUUAUCUAUGUAAAGAAGAGGAAUGUUCCUAUUAUUUUACAUGUCAUAUGGAGGAGAGUGGAUAAGAAUGUUUUGCUAAAUAUUGAGAGCUUCUGUUUUUAGUACUCCUCAGUUGGACAGCAGCUUCAUUAUCGUGUAAAAUAUUAGCACUUUGUCCUUUGAUUAAUUUGAAGCUCCCUAGUACUGUAUGUUAAUUGAGGCUGCCUAAGUAAGUACAAUUUAGGGUAUGUUAACCUCCCAUCCUUUGUGACAGACGUAGACUCUGAACUGCCAGAAAAUAAGUAUUUUAGGUAUUUUUUUAGGGUAACCUGUUGGGCCUGUGUAUUGCAACCAGCUGUACAAAUAAGUCUACUAGAUGUUGUACUUGCCUGCUUCUACAUAAAAGACCUACAUGGUCUGGGAUCUUCCCAGGGGGCUGAUGUUGACUGAGCUGGGGGUUGUGUGCCUUAAUUAGUGCUUAUGCUGAUGUUUUUGAGCAGUGCUGAAAGGACCUUUUUAUUUCCCCACUACAGUUUUUUAACAUCUGAUGUUACAGUACCACUUCUGGUAUCUGUUUAGAAUUCUGCUUUUAUUCAGCACCCUGCAGUCUUGUGGUGAUGUAGUUUUAAAUCUAUUUUAAACCACCCUCUUUCUUUUUAUUAAGUGGGUAGUAUAUACAUUUAAUAUAUGACUGGUAUAUCAGUGCAAAUAGAACAAAUAUAUACACAUUAGAAGUUUGUGACACCCUGACUGUGUUUGGACAGUGCUAACCAAGUUAUACAUGAGCCUUCUGCCUGCACAUUCAGCCCCUUUGCUGCUCUCUGCAGCGAGCUAUAAUUAAACCAGGAUGUCUCUAAUUAACCAUAGUUUCCCAUUUUAUCUGUUCAGGAAACUAUGGCUACCAGCUUCAGAACAAACCAGUUUCUUAAAGCCUCAUUGGUUUAAGAUCCUGGAUUGUUCCAAAGUGAGUAAUUAGUUUUUACCUGUUCAGAUAAACACAAAGCUGAUGUUAAUUAGAAGUUCCUGGUUUAAAAGCAGUCCCCUUUACAUCUAGUCCUUCUAUUUUCUUUUGGGCUAUGCACUUAAAGUGGGGAUUGAGGCCCAUUGAAUUCAACAUGCCUUACUUCUGUUUACACAUUAAUCUUCUGGUUUGCCUAUUUUUUACUGUUGGUCAUUGAUUUUGUCAUUUGUUUCACUACAUCCCAUAUACCAGUGCAAACCAUGAAUACCUGCACAACUUAAGAAACUUGCUUUUAAGCUUAUUAGACUGGUGAUGCUUCUGGGUUUUUAAUAGGUUCCAAGUUUAUUUUUUUGUAACUUUGGAUUGUCCGGCCCUAUAGCUGGGUACUUAGAAGCAUCUACACGUUUUUGUCUUGAUUUGGGCUUUCUAUGUUGCCUCUCCUGUAACAGCCUUGCAACUUAUUAACCCACAAAAAUACUUACUAUCAUCAUGCCACACACUUGUCAAUCACCUGAAAUCACAGUGAAGCCAGGUGAGCCAUUUUUGCCUGCAUGGAUCUGAAUCAAAUAGUGUGGGUGCACAGCACUUUGUAAGUCUUGAUGAUCUGCUGUUCAUUGCCAUUUGUAAAGCACUGAGCACAAGGCUUUGUAGGUAAUGCCAACCAAAUAGACGAUAGUCUGUGCCCACAAACUCCCUUUUGGACCAGCCACAACUUUAUUUGCCCCACAGAUAGGCAGGUGGUUGUGGCUUGGCUGAAACAGCAUCACUGACUAAUUAGGCCUAUGGGCCAGAGGUUCCUCACUACUGGCUUAGAUGUAAGGAAGCCAGUUAAUCCCCACCCCACAUCCCCCAAAACAGUUAUGUUUUUCUAUUGAAAUAAAAAGGAGAGGUGGGAGAACAGUAGCUCUUCACAGUUAUAGAAGCUAACCACAGCAUUACAUGGAAAUGCUUGUAACUAAGCCCUCAGGUCCUUUUUUUAAAAUAAAAAGCAUCUUUGUAAGAGGGUUAUUUAGAACAUAGAAACAGAAUUGGGAGAGGGUACAGAACCCUUUGAGUGCAACUGGAUGGCAGACUAUUUUGUAAGAAUCCAGGCUUUCCUUGUUAAUUUCUGUUUUUGUUCAUCUCUAGUAGGUCACUGAAAUGACAUGCAUUUUUGCAGGAGGUUGAUGUCUUCACCAGAGAACAUGCUAGCUUUUACAGAAACUAAGUACCCGUGUGACGCUGUUUGUAUCAUUCUUGUCUCUAGCAAUAAGUAUUAGAUUAGGGACAAAGCUAUUGUAGCUUAAGAUGCUAAAUUUAGAACAUUAGCCAAGGGAUUUCCAUGUAUCUCUUAAUUCAAUAAACAUUUCAGAAUGUAUUUCUUUAUCCCAAGAAGCUCUAUAGGUUUUUUUAAAAUAAAUAAAUCAGCAAGCAUCUCUCUAUUCUGAAUCACAGUUUGUUCUGAACACUUGAAAAGGUCAUUGCUAUAAUUGCUAUAAGUUCCAUUCAAGUCAAUGGGAUUCAAGGAGCCUAACCAUGUGCAGGAUGGGAACAUCAUCUGAGACAAGUUAUGCACUAUUCUGUUCUUAUGAAACAGCUAUAAGAAUAUAAGAGCUUUGCUGGAUCGGACCAAAAUCUAGUUCCACAUCCUGCUUCUCAGCGGCAGCACACCCGAUGCCUCCAUUAAGCCCAUAUGCAGGGCUUGAAAGCAAUACCCACUCUUGCUUGUAUUCCCAGUUGCUGGUAUAGAGAGGCGUACUGCCUCUGAAACUGGAUAAUAGCCACUGAUAGGCCUAUCUUGUGUGGAUUUGUCUAAUCUUUAAAAACCAUCUAAGCCGGUGGCCAUUACCACUUAUUGUGCCAGGGAAUUCCAGUACUGUAUUAUGUGAAAUACAUUCUUUUGACUGUUCUAACCCUGCUGACCACCAGUUUCUUUGCAUUCUACAGUGUUCAGAGAUGGACUUCUUACUCUCGUCUUUCUUUGCAUGAUGCAUAAUUAUACAAACUUCCAUUAUACCCUUCCACUUAUGCUUUCCCCACUCAGCUUAAAAAAAUUCUGAAAGCUUUAGCUUUUCCUCAUACGGCUGAUUCUCUUGAUAACCUUUGUUGUGUUUUUCUGCACCUUCCUCUGCUUUUGGAGGCAGGGCAAGCAGCAUUAUGCACAUGUGCAUAGAUUGUACGACAGCAUUGUGGUACUGCCAGUUCUGUUUUCAAGCCUCUCCUAAUGAUCCUCAUACGGAAUUUGCCCUUUUUCACAGCUGCUGCAUGCAGAGUUGACAUUUUUACUGAGCUACCUUCCAUGACCUAAAGAUCUUUCCUAGUUGGUUACUUGGUUAAUGCUGGCUCUUUUCCAGCUACUAGCCCCAGGAAGGCUGUGCAGAUUUGGACAGGGGUCUGGGUUUGGAGUGCAUGAAGGCAAACCAGCUCCAGUCUGGGUGGAGCCUUGCAGCUCAUUUUUUGGGGGGUGAAUGAGUUCUCCCAGACUAGGAACUAUCAGUGAAGGUGCAAAUAAUGUUGGUUGCUAAGAGUACACUUUACCAGCUAAGGCUUGUUUCAGACUGCUUUCUAUUGAAUCGUAUUUUAUUAGUUGUAUUUUAAAUUGCUGGUAUUUUAGUUUUUGUAACUCGAUUACUCUGUGAUUUUAAUUAUCUUUUUGUAAGCUUAAUAAAUAUAAAGAAAAAACAUCCCUGUGUUCCACAAGCACUCCAUUGUUGUCUAAUGGCUCAAAUGCCAUGCUGACUGGUUUCCUGCUUCUGACAUAUUUACAAACAUUUUAUAUUUUUGGUCUUAAACAUUUUCUAAAUAUGUCCAUCACAUUAUUUUAUUUUUAUUGCUUAUUGUCAAUUAGCAUUUGCCAACGUAUUUGCUCCCUUUUGUUUUUCUUAUUUGGGCUUCCAUUUUCACCCGAGGCACAGCUGCUGCACCUUUCUUCCCAGCCCUUGGACUGAAUAGACAUGAGGUUCCAGGUGGAAGGGAAUAAGAAACAUGCAGACAUUGGGCUGUUCAAUUGCAAGCAAUUUGGGAGGGAGUGAGCUGGAUUGAAAUCCAGCCAAAUUUUCUGAAAGCAGUCUUUUUAUAACUUUCUUGCUUCUGGUUGUCAACUAUAUUUGCAUCCUUUUGGAUCUGUUGGCAGUCCUUGGGGCGUGGGGAGAUUUGCACGGCCUCCCUGUUGGUACAUUUCCUUGUUUGUUGCAUAUAUUCUAGCUGAGCAUUUGAUUGAUGGUUUUAAAAUUUAUUUCCAAGCGUCUUGGAAAAGAGCUAACCUCCGCUCUCUUACAAGCUUCCUUUUCACUAACCCUCUCACUUCUGAGAUGUUUUGUCUUUUGAAAUAAAGUGUGACUCUGUUGAGCUUUUUGGGCAACUUUUUCAUGGACAUACAUUUUGAACUUGUUAGCACUUUGAUCCCUGUUCUCAGUUGAUUUGAGUACUCUGAAAUCUUGUACUAGGCACUGCGCACCACUCAAGACUAUGGCCAGGAAGGGUUCAUGGGGAUAGUCAUGGAUUGCAUCUGGAAAUAUUUUUCUGAUUACUCAAAUGUGCAUCUUCCUCACUCAUUGUGAAAGAAGUUGAAGACACUGAUUAUUAUAAAACUUUCUCCUUUGGAUCCUGACUCCCCACCACCCAUCUGAAGACCACUUUCACUGUUUUGAUCAGGAGAGCAAUAAUAUCUCUGGCAUAAUUUUUAUUUUUUUAUUUUUUUGCAUCUGGCACUCAUACCCAUAGUUCCUGUUUGUUCCUAUUAGAAGUUUUCUAGUACUGUAUGUUGCACUCCAUGCCUUCUUUGGCAUGCCCCUGCUAAGCCCUACACUACACCGUCUUUCCUAUAGACAUUGUAUCCAGGGAUGCUACCAGACUGAUUCUUUACACUUUUCCAAUAUGCCUAUUAGAGUACUUGGUGCUGAAUGAGAAUAUAAAUCUAACUUCCCCCCGACCUUGCCUUAGAGGCUUCUAAUAGUACCCAAUUAAGCUCCCAUCCGUUGUGUCCCUCUCCAGAUGUUUUUGAUGUCUACAUUUUACCCCAAAGCCCCUUGACUUUUUAAAGCAACUGCCAUGCUCCUGGCUUGUAUAUAAAAAUUGAAGGCUUCCUCUUAUCAGCUGCCACUGAUGGCAGAAAAGAGUCAGAGUACUGGAUGUCUAGUUGCUUUGCCCUGUGUCGUUCUUCCCCUCCAAGAAAACAAAAGUUGCAGGCACUGCAUACUCUUGACAGAAGCAGCUCUUUCCUGAAGGAGAGGAGUAACCGCUAGCCUCUUUGUCUCUCUCCUUUCCACUGCUGGCUAGGAAAGGUAAGCUGCAGGAUAAAUAUAAAUGGAAAAGGCCAGCCGGGGAUGAUGACACCUUCCUGUUUGCAAGGAGAUGUGCUCCUCUCAAGAUGGGUAUGGCAGUUGGGGCUCUCUUCUUCAGGAAAAGGCAAACCAGGAGUCACUAUUUCAAGCCUGUAUUGCUUUUCCUGCCUUUAGAGCAGGCGUGGGGAACCUUUGGUCUUCCAGAUGUUACUAAACUAAAACUCCUGUCCCUAGUUCAGCAACAUCUGGAGGGGCUAAAGUUGCCUCACCUGCUCUAGAGGCAGCUAGUGGGAAGGAACUUCCAUGAUUUUCUAGAAAUAAAAAAGGGAUUUGGAGAACAGCUUUAGAAAAUGAUCUCAAGCUGGUGGAGCCGUGUUCUCCUUUUAGACUGCUUUUCCAGGAUAGCAGCAUAGCAUGUUGCCCAGUUCUCUAUCUCGGAAGGGGUUCAUUGAGAUUGAAAAUAACUGCAGUUAUGUCAUGAGCAAUGUGUAUCGAAUCAAUGGUAAAUAUUUAUUUUGCCUUAUUUCUAGGUUGCCCUUCAAUAUAAGGUUCUCAAGGUGGAGUACCUGUUUCUUUAAAAAACCACAGAUAUAAAAUUCAGUAUUAAAAAUUGGCAUUAAAAAUGAAUGUAACAGAAAGUAGUGGUCACAGAAGUUCAGCAGCACAACUAGAUAAAACCAUGCUCCAAACAACUUACACUGCAUGCUAGAAUUUUUGGGGGGGCGGGCGGGCGGGGGAUUUAAGCCUUUGCCUAAUACCAGAAUGAUAUCAGUGUUGUCACCAAGCAGAGAGCAGAAUAUAAAUCUCAAUGAGGAAAAAGGAAGGAGGAGAGGAAAUGAGAGCUAGUAAGGGCUCCUCACAAACAUAUGAAGCUUUUUUGUGCAACCGUGAAGAUAGAAACUUGAGUGUAAUUAGUGUUUGAAUGAAUAACUGCUUUUUAUAGUUGGGUGUAGCAUUUUCAGCCAUGUCUACCAGAUGUUAAAACUUGUCAGUUGGGGCCGUCUGGUAUUUCAUUGACAAAUCUCCCCUUUUCCUGCUCACCAGCAUAAUAAUCUGUAUUGGUCAGGCUUUUUCCUGGUGUUUCACAUUAUAUCGCAUAGCCUUACAGCAGCUAUGUAAUAUGGACAUUUUUAUUACCAGGUCAGGGAAGGGGUUCAUGACACAAGUGUGAGACAGGUGCUGCCCUGCUCCACAAAACGUAGAGGUUUAUGGCUGAUGAGUCUUGACAGAGCUGGCGUAGUAUAGUGACUAAGAGUUCUGUUAAGACUCACCAGCUAUGAUACUCUACCUUUUGUGGAGUAGGGAAGUGACAUUUGUGUCAUGAACCCAUUGAUUAGUCUCUGCAGUCUGAUGAUAAUGGCCCGCUAUACCUUUAACUCCCUAAUUCCAGAUUAACUCUGUUAGGCCUUUCUCCUUCAUCAGUGACAGCCUUCCCCAAGCUAGUCAGCCCUUCAGAUAUUCAGUAUCCCACUCCCACCACGCUCGCACAUCAUUCCCUGUGGUCAGGAAUGAUGGAGGGCACCAGCUUGGGGGGAGGCUCUUUAUGACGUUAAGUUACCUGACUUGCUAUUGUGCUUUCAUAUGGCAAGGAAAGCCUUAUAUAUCUGCAUGGUAAAAUGGUUUUUCUCUUCCUCCUCCUAGGUUCCUUGCACUGACUCCUUGGAGACUGUAUCAUCUAAUUUCACAUGUACUCCUUGGCGUUGUAAUGCUGCAGAUCAUGCAGGAUUUGGUCUUGUCUAGAGAAAGAGGUAAGACACUGCUUCAGUAUCUGUUGAACAUGCAAAUGUUUAUCAGCAAUGUAUGGAAACCUGUCAAUAUCCCUUUAUCCUUCUAACUGCAGUACUAAAAUUUUAUGGUAAGCUUCUGUGAGGGUUAUGUUAAGUAGAAAGGUAGGUUAAUAUUAUUAGCUUGCUAAAGACUUUCUGAACAGUGUCUCCUAUUGCAUACAUUUAUUAUUUGACAUAUUCAAAUGCACCAGUCUCCUAUAGUAUGUAGACCAAGACCACAUUCUAGAGUUAUAGUAUAGGUUUGUUCAAGGGCUCGUGUUUGCACAGUGGGAUAUGAUUUCUUUCAGUAGAACAUCAGGCCCCAAUUUUGCAUUUUUAUAGUUUAGUUAAUACAAGAGAAUAUGUGCAUAUACUAUAAACAUUGGACCAUAUGUGGAAAAAUAUCUUAUUUAUCCUUAUCUUGUUUUCAGGUGCACAAUUGUGGAGAAGCCUCACUGACCGGUAAGUGUUAGUGUUAUAUUGCUGGUCACUACUCAAUAUUAGAACUUUAAACUGGUAUUGGGACAUUAAUAAUAAUAAUAAUAAUAAUUUUUUAUUUAUACCCCGCCCUCCCCAGCCAAGGCCGGGCUCAGAGCAGCUUACAAGCAAUAAUAAAAACAAGAUGAAUGAUUACAACUUAAAAACAAAAAUAAAAUACAACAUUAAAAUAAUGGAACAUUAAAAUAUUAAAAUGUAGCCUUAUUGCAGGAGGAGAAGGAAAAGAAAAAAGAAAGAGAGGGAGGGAGGGAAUCAAAUUGGCUCCAAGCCAAAGGCCAGGCGGAACAACUCUGUCUUACAGGCCCUGCGGAAAGAAAUCAGAUCCUGCAGGGCCCUGGUCUCAUGAGGCAGAGCGUUCCACCAGGCCGGAGCCAGAGUUGAAAAGGCACUGGCUCUGGUUGAAGCCAAUCUAAUUUCCUUAGGGCCUGGGACCACUAGGGUGUUGUUAUUUAUGGACCUUGAGGCUCUCCAUGGGGCAUACCAGGAGAGGCGGUCCCGUAGGUACGAGGGUCCUAGGCCGUGAAGGGCUUUAAAGGUCAAAAGCAGCACCUUAAAUCUGACCCUGUACUCCACCGGGAGCCAGUGCAGCUUGAAAAGCACUGGGUGAAUAUGCUCCCAUGGCAGAGACCCUGUGAGGAGCCUCGCUGCAGCAUUCUGUACCUGCUGGAGUUUCUAAACACUUUAGCUCUAGAAUAGAUUUUACUUGCUGUCUAGAUUAGCCUUUAUUUAUAGGACAUUCUCGUACCCAUAUUUCUGUAUUGACAAGGUCCUUCUAGAUACCUAGAUACCCUCUAGGAAUACCUAGAGCUUUGCAGCCUCUAGUCCUGUUAGUCUACUUGAAAUAUUUUAAGUAUCCUGAUCCCAAGCUUUAUACGGGCUUGUACACCAGAGCCAAUACCUACAAUAUUGUAAUUGCAUUAUGUGUGUGUGGCAGUUUGGUGCACAAAAAGGAUAAAGUGAGAUUUGUAACGUGGCUCAUCCCUUAACCCAGCAGUGGAAGUAUUGUGAAUGAGCUAUAAAACCAUGUGCUCCAUUUCCCCUGUCACCAUUAAUCACGGUUCAGCAUUAUGCCUGUACUUACGUUUUCAUGAUUAAUGUUAACCAGUGUUCACUCCUAACUCAAAAUGGAAAACCAGGUUUUCAGAUUUCAAUACACCAUUGUGGUGCAUUGCAUUUGAUCAUGGUAGACUCAGGUGACCUUCUUGUUGACUUCAGAUAAAAUUCUACCUUUUUUCUUUUGUAGUUUCAUGACUUAUUUUAUUUUAUUUUUAUCAUUUAUUUUAUUAUUAUUUUAUUUUACGUGCAUUUUAUUUUCUGGUACAGUACAUGCCAGUGCCAAGAAUCUUAGAUAGGAAUCAAAGUGCAGGGUAGGGAGUGAAGAAAGAGGUGAGGGUUUAUUUAUAUCUGAACACACCUGUAUUGUCUGUUCCAAAGUUGUACCAUGUCUUUUUGUGGUACAGUGGUACCUUCAGGUUACGUACGCUUCAGGUUAGACUCCACUAACCCAGAAAUAGUACCUUGGGUUAAGAACUUUGCUUCAGGAUGAGAACAGAAAUCGUGCGGCGGUGGCGCAGUAACAGCGUGAGGCCCCAUUAGCUAAAGUGGUGCUUCAGGUUAAGAACAGUUUCAGGUUAAGAGCAGACCUCCGAAACGAAUUAAGUACGUAACCAGAGGUACCACUGUACUUUUCAUAUUCCUGACACUCCUCAGUUGUUCUAUCCUUUAUUCUGUUAUACAAUAUGUGAAUGUUUCAUCUGCUUACCACACUUUAUGUGGGCUGCAGGAAUAAACGAAACUUCUAGUCACAGAUCAGCAGUGAUUUUGUGUGUGUGUGUGUGUGUGUGUGUGACUUCAUGCACUUUCUCAGCCCCUUUCUGCCCCCUCCCAUCUCUGCCUUCCAUAGUUGUCAAUACAGGGCACAACUGAAAGUGUUUUAGAUAACAAUAUCCUUCAGACAACAUCUAACAUUCAUAUCGUCUCACUAAUUGGGCACAUAGCUAUGAUUAGCAUCAUUGACAGAAGCUAAAAGAAAAAAUGGACCCUGCCCAUAGUUGCUUACUUUUGAACAAGUGGAAGCAUGCCUGUUUGCUGGGGGUUUGCAGGCUCUUCCAACUGUCUCUGCUUUUGGUUUUAAGGGAAUGGUGCCAUAUGUUUGGAAGCUGGUGUGAAGUUCCAGUAGAGGGCAGCAGAGUAUUAUUUCCCUUUCCUAUUGUCUACUGUAUCUAGAUUUUGGUAGAUCGUGGUGGAUCUCUGGCUCCCUUUCCUUAGUGCAGCUAAAACUUAUUCCUGCCAGGCCCCUACGCCAUGCCCUCCAUUGCUGUAUGAUCUCUGGAAGGGAAGAUGGAGCUUUCUCUGUGUUUUGAUCUGUAGCGAUCUUUUUGUGAGUGACUUUACCCCUUUGUCCCUUGGCUUUAACCCCCCCCCAUGACACUUCCCUCCCCCCCAAAGCUUUUACAGGGCUUUUCUCCUCCCUAAAAAGAGCUCAACAACUAUGAGCUGAAAAAUGGGGGUAGAUCACUGCCAGUUUUUAAUUCUGAGAUCACAGUCUCUUGAGAGUUGGCCACCCCUGCUGUAGAACAAUGUUUCCCAAACUCUUUUCGAUCGAGGCUGCUGCAGAAUGGUUAAUAAAAACCCCUUGUGUAUAUUUUAAAUAACAAAUUGGGGGGCACAUAUCCUUUUAGGUGGCCAGAUAUGGUUCACUGUUUUUAACUGUGUUAAAAAGGAAAGAUUUGGAAAUCUUUAUCCUUGCAAAUAGAAAUCCCGCUCUCAACCUGAUAUUAAUGGAACUCUUGGAACUGGAAUCCUGAGAGUGCGUGACAUAAAGCAUAUACAAAAACAAAUCAAAGUGUAGCACCUUAAAGACCUAAGAAAUGUAUUGCGGCAGAAGCUUUUGUGGAGUCAAUACUACUUUAUCAGAUGCAUUAGUGAAUUCUUAGUUGGUGGGUAUAUAAAGGAGACAAUGGUAAGGUGAAGUUGAAUGGCAAGGAGAUGCAAACAUGAAUCUGGUGAUAAUUAGAGCUUAAAUAUAUGUUAAGUAGGCACACAUUUGAACCUCUUACAGUACCAGCUUGCUGAGGUAAUUGUAUUAGCACCUGUAGUGUGGCAAGGAACCAUUGAAACAGUCAUGGGUAGCAUAGAUAAGCAGAUAUUUGGUAAGCUAAUUUAAUACAGGUAGUGUGAUUUAACACAGGUAGAAAUGGAGGCAGUGACAGAUUUUACCUUCUUGGCCUCCAUGAUCACUGCAGAUGGUGACAGUAGUCACGAAAUUAAAAGACACCUGCUUCUUGGGAGAAAAGCGAUGACAGACCUAGAUAGCAUCUUAAAAAGCAGAGACAUCACCUUGCCAACAAAGGUCCAUAUAGUUAAAGCAAUGGUUUCCCCAGUAGUGAUGUAUGGAAGUGAGAGCUGCACCAUAAAGAAGGCUGAUCGCCGAAGAAUUGAUGCUUUUGAAUUAUGGUGCUGGAGGAGACUCUUGAGAGUCCCAUGGACUGCAAGAAGAUCAAACCUAUCCAGUCUUAAGGAAAUCAGCCCUGAAUUCUCACUGGAAGGACAGAUCCUGAAGCUGAGGCUCCAAUACUUUGGCCAUGUUCUCAAAACUACCAACAUGAAUUUGACGGAACUGUGGGAGGCAGUGGAAAACAGGAGUGCCUGGCGUGCUCUGGUCCAUGGGGUCACGAAGAGUCGGACACGACUAAAUGACUAAACAACAACAGUGUGACUUUUUAAAAAAACACCUUUGCCUUGAUUUAACACAUGGGUGAUGGCAUUGGACUACCUGAUGAAUUGUUUCAUGUUCACCUGUUUCAUGUUGUAUUCUUCCUCUGAAGCUCCUUUACUCCUAGGAGUUUGACUCUUGUAUUUUGCCUCUGGAAAUAUGUGCAAAUGAAUUCUUUGCAUAAAUGUAAUGGCAGAGGAGGUGUCUUUCUGGAGUGUUUUCAUUGCUACAACAUCAUAGCUCAGAACAGCAACUGUGGAGACCUGGUACUCUAUCAGACUCCUUUUUAAGCUGAUGCACAUAAAUUUAUAUCCACCACCUCCUCCUUGUUCUCUUUUAUUUUGUUCCUUAUCUUCCUACCUCUAUUGAAAACAGAAGGCUGGAUUUUAAAUACUUCCACAGAGAUCUAAGAUUCACAGGAACACAAUUUAAUGAAUAGAAGCCUCUUUCCCAUUGUUUAAGAAAGGUGUGGUAUGUUUGUUUUUUAAACUUGUACAUUUUUAUUUGAACCUCAGUUACAUUUUUUAUAUGUUAUCUAUUAAUUGUUUACAGAAAAUGAGGAAGUGAGGAAGAAACAAGGUUUUGAUUUGUUUGUAGGCAAAGACUGACUUUGUUGAAGUUUGAAAGAUUAUCAUGUGGCUGUUGGAUUUUUAAUAGUCGGGAAAGUGUGUGAGAGUGAGGCUUGUGAAGCACAAAAGGGUAGAGCCCAGAAUGGCUAUUACUGGAGAAUAAAAAUGUAGCCUUGUGACCUUUUCUUGUAUCCUGGUUUUCGAAACACAAGCAUUGGGUUACAAAACACUCUAUGGGAAUUAUUUACAGAAGGCACAAGAACCUGGAACAGCAGCAGCUGAGGUUCAUGUGCAAACAUCCGGGUUAUGACGACAUGGAGGGUGUGCUUCUCCAGCAGCACUUCUGAUUAGUCACUAACUUCGGCAGGAAUGUCCUGGAACGAGCUUAUCAUAGCAUGUGAACACAUCAGCAGAAUAACAUGUUUAUUUCCUUUCAAGAGUUUCAGCAUCCCCUCUGCUCGUAUGCAGCAUUGUGUUUUAUGCAGCUCUGCAUAGAAGCACAGCACAUUACAACACAGUUUCUGUGAAGCCAUUUCCCUAGAAAACGGUAGAGAUCCAAUGUGUUUAUGUGCCAUAAAUCACUUACGACUUUGAAGUGGUGCACUGUUUCUGUUUGUAGCACGUUCCCUACUAUAAUCCGCUAUAGAAAACACCAGUGUCUGUCCUUGCUUAAGCUCUCGGCAGCAUUCCCUGCAAGCCCUUCUCCCUAAUCCCAGUGUCUGCAAGACUGAUUUUAGCUUGGGAUCUUUUUAUACCUGAAUAUGUAUCAAGCACUCGUGUGUUUGCCAGUCUUUGGGGGGCCUGUGGGCACAGCUGCAGACUGGAGAAACUGUUGUGAACACCACACACAAAAACACAUGACAAGUACACACUGCAACCUACUCAAUUAGCUACAAAAAUACUGUUUUAAACCUAGCUUGGGGAGGGGUGGAGAAACGGACCAUGUGAGCAACAGGAAAGUUUAUUUAUUUAUUGAAUUUCUAACCUUUCAGCAUAAGGACCCCUGGUGGGUAACUAGAAAUAUAAUAUAAAAUUGUAAAAAGGUAAAACUUUGAAAACUAAAAAACAACCAAAACCAUUCCAAAUGGAGCGGAACCGUGUGAAUUUCACAAAAGAGGUGGAUCCCAGAAAACACAGUACACUGGUACCUCGGGUUAAGUACUUAAUUCGUUCUGGAGGUCUGUUCUUAACCUGAAACUAUUCUUAACCUGAAACACCACUUUAGCUAAUGGGGCCUGCUGCUGCUGCCGUGCCGCCGGAGCACGAUUUCUGUUCUCAUCCUGAAGCAAAGUUCUCAACCUGAGGUACUAUUUCUGGGUUAGCAGAGUCUGUAACCUGAAGCGUAUAUAACCCGAGGUACCACUGUACCUAAAAUGUCAAAAGACCACAGUAGAGAUGUGUGUCUUUAGCAUAACAAAAGCUGUACAAUGUUGAUUCUUCAGAGUAAGUUUUUUUUUUUUGGGGGGGGGGACUCAGCAGCACAGCAGUAUCCUGAGAAAGGGAGCAAUUGGCUGUAGGGAGGCACUUCCACAAUUUAGGAACUGCCGCAGAGAAAGCAGCGUCCCAGCCCAGCAUGCACCACACUUCUGAGGAUAGUAGAAUUACCCUCCUGGGAUUCGGGUGGUGCUGUGGACUAAAUCACUUAGCCUCUUGGGCUUGCUGAUCAGAAGGUUGGCGGUUCAAAUCCCCACGACGGCAUGAGCUCCCAUUGCUCUGUCCCAGUUCCUGCCAACCUGGCAGUUUGAAAGCACAGCAGUACAAGUAGAUAAAUAGGUACUGGGGAAGGUAAACGAUGUUUUCGUGCGCUCUGUAUUCCAUCACGGUGUUCUGUUGUGCCAGAAGCAGUUUAGUCCUGCUGGCCACAUGACCCGGAAAGCUGUCUGUGGACAAACACCAGCUCCCUUGGCCUGAAAGUGAGAUGAGCGCCACAACCCCAUAGUCAAGUUUGACUGGACUUAACUGUCCAGGGGUCCUUUACCUCCUUUUACCUUUAGAAUCACCCUCUGAAAAUCUUAACACCCAAUAAGGUCAGUAGGAAUGAAGAUGGUCCUACGUAAAAGGCCUCUGCAGGUGCCGCAUGAUCAGUCCCCAUGUCCAGACUGCUACGCAAACUUUCUGAUAUAAAGCUUUGUUAUGAAAUGUGUAAUACCCAAAUGUCUGUUUUGAACUAUUGCUGUAAUAACUAUGUCAUAUUCUCAACAUGUAUAGAAUAGUUUAAGGUCUUUCCCUCUAUGAUGAGAAGUAGCUGAUUUGUAGUUGGUUUCCAGAAUGCAGUGGAGGAUUUAUCCACUGAUAUUAGCGGUGGUUUAGCUGGCAUCUUGGUCAGCUUUUGGCCUAGGAAUCCUUUUAGCACUCCUUCAGAGGGAAAUUGCCAAGUAGAUGAUUGGCUUGAAAACAGAGUAGAUAAACAUUUGUGGUAAUAGUGACAUGCUGGAGCCAUAGAGUCCCAUUGUGCAGCCUAUACGGUGCAAACGGUAAAGAGGUAUUUCUUUCCACUGAUGUUCUCUCCUAUGGAGUGCUGCUGCACAAAUCUCUUCCACACGCCUGUUGCAAUCCACACUGUACCUGCUAGAAGCAGAGUUACCUACAGACUGUUGUGACGUGUUUACUAGGCAUUUACAAACCUCCUCCAAAUCAGUAGAUUGAUGUGAAUAUUUUUUUUUAAAACUCUUUAAAGUCUAUUUCAUAUAAUUCUUCUUAUUCUCCUUCUGAUUAUUAUGAGCAAAAACAGAAGUCCCUCAUUAUACAGUCAUACCUUGGGUUACAGACUCUUCAGGUUACAGACUCGGCUAACCCAGAAAUAGUACCUCAGGUUAAGAACUUUGCUUCAGGAUGAGAACAGAAAUUGCACAGCAGUGGAAGGCCCCAUUAGCUAAAGUAGUGCUUCAGGUUAAGAACAGUUUCAGGUUAAGAACGGACCUCCAGAACGAAUUAAGUUCUUAACCUGAGGUACCACUGUAAUUGUAAUUGACAGGACAUGUAAUUUGUCCCUGGUACAAAUAUGCCCAAACUGUUUGGAUACUAAAUUCCCUUUCAUAGACAUAUUUCCUUUAAGGAAAAUUUUUAUCAGUUUACAUGGAAAGCCCCUUCUGUAGCCAGUAGCACGCUCCAGUUGACACUUAGAAACAACAAACUUUAGAAGACCACAUUUUCUAAGUGUUUCAGAGGACAGGUCUAAUAAUAUCUGGAUUAGUGAUUCAGGCCAACUGUGUGACCGACUUGGGUGGUUCCUUUCUUUCCUUUCUGGACGUGAAUAGGGUUUGAUUUUCAGGGAUGCUUUUUUGGACACCAUGGCAACGAUCAUGUGUUGCUAGAGCAUUUCUGUUCCAGCUGGCUUUCUAUAGGAUCUGAGAAUCAUGUUAUAGUUGCUUGUAUUACUCCUGCAUACUACUGAUAUUUUGGUGUUUUUAGCUGAUACGCACAAUUUUAUGUCUAACUUUUAAAGGCACAUAUAUUUAGCUGUUUAGCUUUGUGUUUCCAUUACAGUAGUGCUGCCCUUUUUGAAAGGGCACGGUGUUACGCAAACAAAGAAACAAUAAUGCUUCCAGAUAAGCUUAUUCAGCCUUGAUAAGUAAUUAAGCUUGCAUUGUAGCAGUGGCCCCUUAUGUGCCUUCAUUGCUCUGUGACACUUCUUUCUGUAACAAAUUCAGAGAAUGUGCUAGUAACAAUUUCAGAGAAUGUGCUAGUGCGGCAAAUUAGGUAUUUACCUGUUUAUAUUCUAAUAAAAUUGAAUGGUAUAAGUUUCAAGUAAGCAUAAUUUAAAGAACUUAAAAUGGUAGGAGUUGGAUAACUUAAGUCCUAUUGAGUUUAAUGGGAGAAUUAAGUGCUACCCUAAAUCUCUCCACUAGAAUUUAAUGUGCUUAUCCUUGGCUGGAUUUUGCCAAGUCUUCGCAGUUUCAUGUGUGCUUCUCUGGGGUCUUAAUACAUACGCAAACAACUCUGCUUUCAUACAGAACUUUAUUUUCUUAAAAAUUAAUAAUUAACCUUGGUAUGUUACCACUAAGAUAAUGUCUCCUGGUUGAGGCUGACUUCAAGGCUCCUUGAACAUGAUGAAUUCUCUGUGAAUAUGGGCUGUCUCAGUCUUUGUACAAUUGGAAGUUGAGCUGCAUGCAUUUGAAUUAAAUGUGCAAAACCUGUUUCCAACACUGUUGUAAAUAAGGAAACCUAUGUUUAAUGAGGAGCUUUGUGUGUGCAUUAGAGACCUGUCAGAAUAAAUGUAUUAUAAUACAGGAGUAGUAUUAUCAUCAUCAUUAAUUUACUAAUCAUCUUCUGAACAGCAUUGAUGUAUACUGAAGAUAAUUAAAAACAGUUAAAAACACAAGAACAGCAAGUACAUUUCCAAAAAAAUGUAGAAGAAAUGCCAUGUAAAAUAUCUCUUUUUAGAGCAUUUGAAGGUGAGAACAGCUGAAACCAUUCCAAAUAAUCAGGACCAUGCAGUGCAUGUUGCAAACUCUACAUUUGAAUUGGUUCAGUUGAACCAAUUACAACAAAUUUUGCCUGCGAAGUAGAUGGACAUUAUGUUAAGGCAGCCUAGAUUCGCUUGGUCAUGGCAGUUUGCUUGUGCAAUGGAUUUAUUUGCCGCUACCAUUGUCACAGUAUAGUUUUGUCUGCUUCGUUGCACUACCUCUAGGCAAGUUGUCUCCUCCUCUAAUCAUCUUUAAGCCAGUGGUACACAGUGAUGGUGGGAGAGAAUGCCUGAGAGCAGCUGUGCCUAGCUAUCAAGAUCAGAGGACAAAAAUUAGCCAGCAUUUGGAAAUAUAAUAGGCCAACUGAGUAGAUCCACCACCACAAAAGAGGCAUAGGAGAUCAGAGAUCUGCACUCUCAGAAGGCAGAUGAUUCAGUUGGCACCAUGUGCAAAAGCUAGGCUACUAACUGGGACCAGUCAGAGGAAACCUAUCUCAGCAGUUCUUAAACAGUUGCACUGGCUGCUGGUCCAUUUCUAGAGGCUGCUCAAAAUGCUGGUGAUCACCUCUUAAAGCACAAAUUAGUUUUAUAUGCAUGUACCUCAAGGAUUCUGUUGAACCUGCUUGAAUGCCCCAUUUUUCACCAGUGCCCCAGGUGAUGAGCAGGGAGAGGGCACUUUAUGUGGAAUGCUUGCCUAGCACCAAGUUUGAUGCCUCACUCCUAAAAAGCAGGAGUGAGUUAUCUGCUUCCUCUCUCCCAGUAUGCCAGUUUGUAGGCUGUGUUAAGUCAGCUGUCGAACACCCUUGCCCUGCUGAGCAGGAAUUGAGCAUGGGAACUUGCUAUUGAAAUUUCCAGUGUCUCUGACCUACCUGCAAGGCAAAGUACACUAAGCCCAUAUCUGAAAUUGCAAUCCUGAUUGACUGCUCAUGUAGAAUGUUGUAAUGGGCUUCCUGACAAUGCAAAUUAUAUGUCUCAUCCCAUCUAAUAAUGUCCAGCGACUAUACUUAGUUCCUUGUUUAAUCUGAAUCACAAAGAUUGGGAAACUAUAUAACCAUAAAAAUGGGAGAAAGAAAUUGCAACCAAUGGCCACGUAAGAACGUCUGUUUACCACCACCAGUUUUCCUAUAGAAAUGAAGCUGUGCCCUUGCAUCUGACUUUGAGGUUCCAUUGGCCCAAAGAAGGUGUGGAAUGCCUUCUGGAGAGACAACUCUUGUUUCAUGAGCUUCAAAAAGUAGCCAAAGAUCAAAUAGCUAAAUUCAUACUGAACCUACAAAAGGCAACUUUUUCCAUAAGUGACUCUGACAAAGCAUUGUAUUGGGUAGCUUGUCGUUGCAUCUGUAAAUAGGAUUUUAUUUACUGUGGUCAGCCUGACAGUGUACACUUAGACUAAGAAUGGUUUACAAUCCAAUGUAGGCAUCUAGAGGCAUAUAUUAAGGUAUACAUAAUUCUGACUUGUAUGUGGUAGUAAAAUUGCCUGUUGUUUGUGGUGUGCUGCUAGCAGUAACCAGAACUGCACUUUCUUACAUGCAGAUACCAGCUGAUGCCAUAUUCACGUGACACAUUUAAAGCACUAUGAUACCACUUUAAACAGCCAUGUUGUUGUUUAGUCGUGUCUGACUCCUUGUGACCCCAUUGCCAGAGCAUGCCAGUCACUCCCAUCUUCCACUGCCUUCCGCAGUUUGGUCGAAUCAUGUUAGUAGUUUCAAGAACACUGUCCAACCAUCUCGUCCUCUGUCGUCCCCUUCUCCUUGUGCCCUCAAUCUUUCCAAACAUCAACGUCUUUUCCAGGGAGUCUUCUCUUCUCAUGAGGUGGCCUAAGUAUUGGAGCCUCAGCUUCAGGAUCUGUCCUUCCAGUGAGCACUCAGCGCUGAUUUCCUUAAGAAUGGAUAGGUUUGAUCUUCUUGCAGUCCAUAGUUUCCCCCAAAGAAUUCUGAGAGCUGUGGUUUGUUAAGGGUCCUGAGCAAGCAUAGGCAAACUCCGGCUCUCCAUAUGUUUGGGACUACAAUUCCCAUCGUUGCUGACCACUGGUCCUGUUAGCUAGGGAUGAUGGGAAUUGUAGUCUCAAAUAUCUGGAGGGCCACAGUUUGCCUAUUCCUGGUCCUGGGAGUUGUUAGGAGACCCCUAUUCCACUUGCAGAGUUAAAUUGUCAGUGGUUUAACAAUCAGAACCUCUUCACAGGGAACUCUGAGAAUUGUAGCUCUGGGAGUGAAAUAGGGGGGCGUGGCCUGACUGCCUACCAUGUUGCUACUUCCUUUAGUGAACAGAAGCUAGAACACUCAAUAUUCAAUUGCUAUAGAGGUUUCAAAAACACACUUUUCAGUUUACUUCAAAGGGUUCCUCUUUGAGGUGGGAGCGAGUUGUCAAGGGUAGGUGUGUGCAAAUAGCAAACCACUUUUUCCGGCGAUUUGUUGUGUUUAAUGCUUUAAUCUGAUAACUUGCAUGUCUCUGCACAACCUUGUUCCUGUUUUAUCCAAUGAAGUGAAAAUGGCUUUCCCUUGGAAAAUGAUAUAGAAAUGUUAAUGCAGCUGAAAAUUCAGAGUGAGAACCCACUUGAGGUGGCAGGGAACAUGGCAUUCCCUGCCCCACAGUGACUGUGCCUGCUGCUAUCCCAUGCAUCUCAUAGUAGUAAUUGUCACUAUCUAUUGCUCAUGGAAGUGCUGCUAGGAGUCAAUACUAACGGCUGCCAAAAGUUCAUUAAUAUGGGGCUGUGAUGUGAGAAGGCUGCUCUUAUCUUGUCCCUGCUGACAUAAUUUGGAGCAGUUGGUGAAUUUUUCAAGCCUGUUAAGCAUCCAAUUGUUUACGAGGAUGAUACUCAAAUGUUAUACUGCUUUCUUGUGUUUUGCUUUUGUUGGCUAUCUCUUGCGUGCUGACCAUCUGCUGCUAAACACAAAUCUUGAGCUACUCUGCCUGUCACAUGGAAAGAAGGGACCAUGUUAGGAAAUGGCUUUUCUCAUUUGAGAACAUGCCAAGUAAAAUGUUCAUGUGCUGCUGCUGCUGUUCCGAGAAGGAAGCCACAUUUACUUGGAAAAAAUGUAGAACCUCCCAUGAUGUCACCUCCUUAUGAUGUCACUGGAUCAUAAGAGGCUAGUAUGGGAGCAGGGAGGCUGUAUGCUAGCAGUGUGACUGGUAGAGGUGGCCAGAAAAACAUUAGCCAAAAACUGAGCUUGGGUUGGUAAAGGUUAGAUGAAAGUGUAAGAUGAUAAAUGUAAGUUGUCAUUAUUUUUUCCACGAGGCUGGCAUAGCAAGCAAAAGAGGAGAAGGUAAGGCUCCAAACUAGUCGGGCAAAUAAAGGUUAAUAACUGGGUAGUGGUUUUACUGCUCACAUGACCAUAAAAGUGUUGGCUUUUGGACAGUGCUUGCCGCCUAGGAGCCUGUCACAGUAUUUGGAAUAAGGUGUGACCUGUUUAUUCGUGGAAUUAGCCAAUCAAAAUAGUACACUGUGAACUUCAUUCAAGACAAGCAGGCACUUAGGAUGUGUGUAAAUAUACCCUGUACCAGAGGGACUUAACAGGAGCCACAAAAGGAGACUCAUAGACUGGAUUUCUUCAAGCUCAAAGGAAGACAGACAAACUUUCCUUGAGCAUUGGAUUUACACUUAAAAGAGACAAAAAGUUAGGAAUGUCGGAAAGUGAGGACCUUGGACCGAGCGAAAGGUACUGUAGUUUUCUUUUCUGGAAUUUUGUUGUUUGGCUUCUUUGAUUCUUAGCAUAGGAAUGUCCACUGGUUUUUUGCCAUAGCUCUCCUAUAAAUAAAUUCACACCUGUGGAAAUGUGUAUAAAGUUUCUUGCAUGGCAAUAAGAGUGCAAACAGCCAUGUUUUUGAGCUUAUGAUAAUAACAUUUCAUUCUGUAACUUCUAAAAAGUCACUGCCCAUGCUUGCCUUCCAAUGAAGCUGCCAACAGAAGAGACUUGAAAUGUCAGAGACACAAAUAACUCCAGUGUAGUCUGUUAUUGACAGAUAUGUAAUGUAUUACUACUAGAAAGGGCACAGUGUUCCUGUGAGAAAUGCCUGUGGAAUACUUCCUUCAGGUCAGAGCUUAAGUCUAUAUCAGGUCGUAACAAAAAAAAUUAAGGCAGGAGUGGAUUAGCUGUGUCCCUCCAGAUGUUGUUGGCCUUCAACUCCCCAUUAUCCCUGACCAUUGGUCAUGCUGGCUGGGACAGACAGAACUGUAAUCCAGCAACAUCUGGAAGGCCACAGGUUAGCCUGCUGUAAGGGUGCAAAAAAAAAAGUGGGGAACCUGUCACCCUCCAAACACAACUCCCAGCAACCCCAGUCAGUAUUUUUCAGUAGAUGAUGGGAGUUGUAUUCCAAUUACUUUUGGAAGGGCAAAUGUUUCCCACCCAUGAUAUAAAACAUAUUGUUGAUUCUAUCUCAUUUUCUUCUGAAUCAGUAUAAUUCUCAAGAGCCCAAUUUCUGUCCCCCCUCACAUAAACACCCAAAUAUAUUUACAGAAAAUCUGAGACUAGAAAAGGUAAUACAUCUGAGUACCUAUCCUAUUAGAUCACUGAAAUCAAAACCAAAAGAAUAGAGCUAAAUAAAACUGAAGAAGCAAAAUGGAUGAUCAAAAGUAGAGUCCAGUACAAUCAUAGGACAAAAAUAUUGCUCUGAAUAAUUUUAAAAACACCUUUGAACCAUUGAUCCCCUAAAACUGAAAAGAGAGACAGAAUAUAUCCUUCAUGGGAAACGAUGGGUGCUGUCAGAAUUAAUCUCAUUCCAAAAAAUCAUGAUUCUUAAUAGAAGAUUCAUUUGGAAACAGUCUUGUCAAGAAGCAAAUGGUGUACAGUGCAACUUUUAAUCUUUUCUUUUUUUAGAGAACUUGACAUUUUAGAUCUUAAAGCAUUAUUGUGAAGCAAAUAGGUAAGACUAGAAAUGAGUUCUUUUGGAAGCUGUGAUCAGAGACAAUUAUUUAAACAUAGGAAAGCAUAUAAGGCAGGUUAGCAUAUGCUGAUAGUGCCUGUGAAGCAGCAUAAUACCUUAUUCUUGAGAUAUUUUGCCCAUUUAGACCUUUGGAAGGCACACUGGGCUCAGAUUGUAUACAUGUGUGAAAAGAGGAAUACUAAUCUUAGAAACACAUAAAGUUUUGUGAGGCGUAGCAAAUAAGCCAGACAAUUUUAUUUUUUGUCAUUUGAACUUUGUUAAUGCUUUGGACAGAUAAACGCCUGGAAAUUCUCUAGUUGUUCCUGUCACUUGUAAUUCAAAAUUCAGUGUUGGCAAACUUGUUCAAUGUGAGGAAAAGAAUAGAUACCAAUCUGACUCGGUGAACAGAUUACCAGGUAGUGUGGGUUUUUUAUUGGCUUCUGUGGAUAGUGUCACGUACCACAGAGGGUAGUGACUUACUGUAUAUGUGAGGCUAUGGGGUGAGAUUGUGCAGAGGUUUGGAGUUAAGUUUCAACAUGGUGAUGACGCACAGUUCUACCUCCUUGUUUCCACCAUGACCCAGGUCUUUACCUACACAGGUUCAAACUGUGUUCAGUGGAGUCUGUCACUAGAAUCAUAGUAUUAGGAAUGUCUCUAAUACAGGCCAUUUACAGCAUUUGUAUUCCCAAGGUUUAGUUAAAAAAACAAAGCAAAAAACCCUCUUUUGUUCCCCAGUCCUCGAAUGUGAUACAAUCUUGUAAUUGUAAUUUGUUUUAAACUGCUUUUAACAUUGUGUUUUAAAUUCUUGUGAUCCACCCAGGGACCUUAGGGUGAAGGGUGGGUAAUUAAUCAGAAUAAUAAUAUGUGGGUGAAGUGAUUUAUCUUUAUAGUCUUUGGCUAAAUUUGACUGGGCUGUAUAUAGGAACUUAAACAUAUCCAACGAAAACAGGUGUUGCUAACCCACAGCCCAGGGCCUGAUGCAACCCUCUCAGCAAAUUGUUAUGCUCUGCCAAGUCCUCAUCAGUUUUGUCAGUGGCAAAAAAAAUUAAAAGACAUAACUCUGGGUUGUUGUUGUUUUUACCAAUUUUUAAAUUUGGUUUUUCAAAUUAAAAUUUUACAGAGAUAUAUAAAACAUAUAUCAUAAAAACAAGAUGCCUAGGAAUCUCCUGGACUUCCAUCCUCUCCUUUGUGGGUCCUAUUAUUAAUCAUUUCCUCCCACAUCUUUUACUAUACUCCAGAUCCUUUGCCUCUUCCAUUAUGUCCAGAAGUCAACCUUAAACUACGAGUGAUCUUCCAAUCCUGCUGACGAUUUUAACUGUUUACAGUGAUUUACAAUAAAUUUUCCCCAUUCCUUAUUAAAAUUUUGGUCUUCCUGAUUUCUGACUCUUACGGUCUUUUUAGCCAUUUCAGCAUAGUCCAUUAACUUCAUCUCCCAUUCUUCUCUGGUAGGGAUUUUAUCUUCUUUCCAUCUCUGGGUUGGAUUUAAACCCCUACACUCAGCCCGCCUCCCUGCUAGUCAUUGGAUCAGUCAAUUGUUAAUAAUGGGGAGUGGGUAAUAACCCUCCCAACUCAGCUGAUCUGCAUGGAUCAGUUACGGGGGAGUACUGUGUACUUACCAUGUGUGACAGAGAGAGUAUAGGAUAGCCAUGCCAUUUUUGGUCACACCCACUACUAGCAUAUGGCAUUGAAGCUUGGCAAAGGAUUCAUGUGUUUCUUGAGUCCAACAAAUGUUAACCAUCCAUGAGUUAUAUGUACCAUGUUUAAUAUAUUUAAUAUGGUCCUGCUUGCUCUGUUUUCCAACCCCAUCUUCCUGCCUCAAUUCCCCCCUCCCCAAUUAUUUCCCUCUCCUGGAUGGUCCCUGCCUCAGUUGCCUCUCAGGACCACAACUUCUCCCGACCUCCAUUUAUCACCUCCAGAGUUUCCUUUUCCAUCUCAGUGCCCCAGUUUCCCUCCCCAAGACCGUAAAGUGCUCUUUUCUCAGCUUCUGAAUCCACCCAAUUGUCACAGUAAAUAAAAAAGAGCACAAAUAUUAUAUAGGGACAAGUUUCAAAGUCCUUGCAUUUAAUAGUUUAUGAGUCAUUUUUGUCUUAAUCAGCACAUUGUCACAAUGCUGUACAUUGUAUAUUUCUGUGUGGAUCAAACCAUUCUUCAUGCAGGUGUUUGUGUGUCUUACAUAAGUCUCAUUUUGUUUGCGAGGCAAUAGUGCUAGAAUUGACUCAGAUGUUGGUUUUUCCAGUCGUCCACUACUUUGUAUAUUUAUGUCCCUAUAAAAGGCUUCUGUAGGAAAGUAAUUACUGGUGGUAAAGGGAAGUUUUUAAUGUUUGAUGUUUUAUCGUGUUUUUAAUAUUCUGUUGGGAGCUGCCCAGAGUGGUGGGGAGUAAAUAAUGGGUGGGGUAUGAAUAAUAAAAUUAUUAUCAUUAUCAUUAUUAUUAUUACAUGGGGUUGCUAACAUGAAUCCUAUAGUCACAAGGGCAUUUUGGAGAUCUUCUCCUGAUACCCACAAAUCUUCUGAGAUCACCCACCCAAACUCUCACUGCUGCCUUUGUCAUGAGGUGCUGAGGGUGGUUACCUUGUAAAGCAUGGGUAGGCAAACUAAGGCCCAGGGACCAGAUCCGGCCCAAUCGCCUUCUAAAUUUGGCCCACGGACGGUCCAGGAAUAUAAGUGUGUUUCUACAUGAAAUUUUAUUUAAAAUGCAUCUCUGGGUUUUUUUGUGGGGCAUAGGAAUUCGUUCAUUAUUUUUUUUCAAAAUCUAAUCUGGCCCUCCACAGGGUCUGAGGGACAGUGGACCAGCCCCCUGCUGAAAAAGUUUGCUGACCCCUGUUUUAAAGGGAGAAACUACAUGGAGCUGAAGUAUAAAAUUGGAAGAGUGACACAAAUCAAUGUUCCGACGCUAUCAGGUACAUUGAUUUCAAGUGGUCUGACAAACACACUGCAAAUUUUUUUCUGCUCCAAAAGUGUGCUCUGUUAAUGUUUCUUUCCUACACCUAUUUGCUGUGUAGGGAAAUUAUUGCACAAAUUAAGCAUCAUUUUUCCUAUACAAAAUGGCUCCCAUCAUUUCUUUUUUAAAUUUGCAGUUACUGUGCUGCUGCUGCUGCUGCUGUGCUUGGCAUCGGAAUGGGGUGAUGGUGGGGUAUUUUCUCUUGGAAAAAGUUUGUCAUUCUUUCUUAGCUAGGGAUCUUUCUGCAUUUACAAUAGUAUAGUUCCUGUUUGAUCUGACAUUUUUAAGAAAUAAUUUGUAGCUGAUGGUCUACACCUUUAGUCACUUGUUGCUUUUGUGGGGUUGUCCUUUUCACACUUUUGGAGAGCUGAGCCUGAGCUGAGAAAAGUUUUUUGACUGUAGUCACACCCCUUUCAUGUUCCUCCAGCCAGUAAAUGCCUACAUUAUGAGCAUGCACACAGAGAUAGUUGUUCAUUGUUUUUUAUUUAUUUAAUGCCCAGUAUUCUAGAAUUCUCAUCUUAUAAAAGUAUAGGAAAUUAGAAGAGGAACUGCGUGUCUCCCUGAGGUAUAGUGAACUUUGUUAUUGUGAUCAGAUGUUGUUUUCAGCUAAUGAAUGCUAUCAUGGGCAGUACUUUGACUCAGUGCCAUCAUCUCUCUCUGCCAUAUCUCUCCUCUGAACUGAGUUUCCAAACUGACAGCUUGCACCAUUCAGACGGAAAUGAUGUGAAACCACUUACAUCACCCACCCACCCCUAAAUCGGGAUGAUACUUGUACACAUGCCGCUUUCCAGAACUUUGAUAAAAGUCAGGAUUUUUUGAGGUACAAUGAGCAGGUUUUUAGUAGCUUGUACUGGAAUGGGGGGGGCGGGGGCACUGUGGUCUAAACCACUGAGCUCUUGAGUCCUUUACCUUUUUACCUUGGUGGAAUGCUAGCUGAAUAAUGAUAACACUGCGUGGCAGCAUGCCCCAAGAUCUGAAAAACCUGCUAGUAUACUACUAUAAGUGCAGAAAUCCCUGAGGUUUUUAGUGAUCUUUCUCCCUAACAGACUGUACUUCAGUGCUGUCAUUGCAGAUACCUAACCAUGCACAUGUUAAGAUGGGGGUUUUGUUAAAGCCUCCCCACGUGCUCUGUUUGGGAUAAAAAGUACCCACACUCUCACUUUAUAGGCAAAUGGAUAAGAAUGUGUUUAGUAAGCACACAGGUCUGGUUCAAUUUCUGGAACAAACUGAUUGACAAAUGUCAGACGUUAUCUAGCUCUAUCUCUCAUUUCCAUCUGAAUCAGGAAAGGUGUCUGAGGUGCUAGAUGGGUAUUUGGAGGCAGUGAUGGGCUGGAUGUGGGACAAAAAAUCGAAGCAAAAUCCUUAAAGACAGAGGUGUUAUGUGUUUCACGUUCUCAAGUCCAGGAGGUGGGAAGACAGUUUGUUCUGGACGGAUUUGCACUCUCCUGGAAGUGUAAGCUAAGAUACUCCUGGAUCCAACUUUGUCCCUUGAGGCUCAGGUGGCCUCAAUAGUUGGAGUUCCUAUUUCCAGCUAUGGCUGGUUUGCUAGCUGUGGCAGAGAUGACUUAACUAACAUACUCCAUGCUCUGGUAACUUCCACAUGGGAUUAUUGCAAUGCACUCUACAUGGGGCUGCCCUUGAAGAUGACUUGGAAAUUCCAACUGGCCCAAAAUGCAGUGGCAAAAUUACUGGCUGGAGUUGCCUUUAGAACACAUAUAGCCCCUGUUAUAAAACCGCUGCAUUGACUACCCAGUUUACCUCUGGGCCCAGUUCAGGGUGUUCCCCUUCAAAUCUGGAGUAAUAUGGUUCCUUCCUGUUUUCAGUGACCCAGUAUCUAGUUUAUCUUUCUUUUGUCAUUGCCUAUUUACCAGUUAAAUAUUUUUCUUUCAGAGACUUUAUAAAUCCACCUUCAAUCUCCCUUCCUAGUGAACUAUAUGUAUUUAUGUUUUCUCUUGAGGAAGCUGCAUGGAUAUCUUUCUAGUAUGUAUUUGUACUCUUCACUUAUAGUUAAAAUGGAAAGGAUUCGAUUAAUAGGUCCCUCUAGCAGAAACCCAAGCAAAAGGCCUUCUCCUCCCCCCACAUGCCUCCUCAAAUUGGUUCUGGGGAGUCAUGAAAACCCUCAAGAACAGCACACAGGGGAAGGAGAAAGGAGGUAGUUCCUUCAGCCAACCAACAAUGCUUGCCCUGAUGAAGAGAUCUCCUUAACACUAAGUUGAAUUCCUCCCUGUAUUUUUUUUUAAUAUGUAGCCAGUCUGAUACAGUUGCAAAGGCAGAUAUGGAAGAGGGAAAGAUUUGCUAUUUAUUUAGCUGAAGAAGUCUCCUUUCAAGGGAUUGAAAAGGAGAUGGUUGGUCCUGUGAUGUUGGGGCCAUCAGUUGACUUUAGUCAUUGCUUUGAGGGAGGUAUCUCUCAGGCUUUGGUUAUUCAGAACAUUUUUAAUAUACUUACUUUUUCAUGAACUGUUUUGCAAUCAGGGAUUGUUUACCUGAGCUUCGUUUCUACAAGAGUAGUAGAAUCACCUUGCUGUAUCCCUUCAAAUCCCUCUUCAAAAUGUAAUGCUUCUACAAAGUCUGACUCAGCCUCCUAGUCCUCUCGUAAUUGGAUUGCAAGCCUUUUGGGAUAGGGAUGAGCUGCUUACUUUGCAUAUUGAUGAACGCAUAUUGAUAAAGUGUUGUGCAUAAUGGUGGUGCAAUCAAUGGUGAUAAGGUUUUAGAAAUUUUGGUAGUUCUUUGCAGGGCUUUUUAAUCAGCUCUCAGGUGGGCACCAUUGCCAUUCUAAGAGAAGGAGGGAGAAGCUCAUGGUGAGCUCGUUUUAUAGAAAAAUAGCACUGGUUCUUUGUGAUAACAGAUAUUCAUUAAGCUUUUUGGGGUUUAAAAAAAAAAAAGAGGAGUCUCGUUCUGCUUUAAUAGGUUGCUUUUCUAUCUUUUUCAUAAAGAUGCUAGAAAAGCAACUGACAAAUUCUAGAGUUAUGUGUUUAUGUCAUCAUAUGUGUUAUGUUAUGUUAAAACCUCAGCGCCUAGGACUUGCCGAUCGUCAGGUCGGCGGUUCAAAUCCCUGCGGCGGGGUGCACUCCCGUUGCUCGGUCCCAGCGCCUGCCAACCUAGCAGUUCAAAAGCACCCCCGGGUGCAAGUAGAUAAAUAGGGACCGCUUACUAGCAGGAAGGUAAACGGCGUUUCCAUGUGCUGCGCUGGCUCGCCAGAUGCAGCUUGUCACGCUGGCCACAUGACCCAGAAGUGUCUGCAGACAGCACUGGCCCCCGGCCUCUUAAGUGAGAUGGGCGCACAACCCUAGAGUCGGACACGACUGGCCCGUACGGGCAGGGGUACCUUUACCUUUACCUUUAUGUGUUAUGUUUAUCCCUAACAGAAUCUGUAGAAAUGGGGGGGGGUGCUUAUUAACUUUCUGUGUCAAGCUGCCACUUUACUAGAAACUCCUACAAAUUCAGCCCAAAAGAUGCUUCAUAGAUGCUUGCAUUUCUGUAUUCAGCGGGGGUUUAAAAAACAAGUCAUGAUCAAGAACAGCCUUUCCAAUUUUAAAAUAAAAAUUGUUAGCAAAUAAAGCCUUUGGGAAUAAAGGAGCAGAGUGGGGGUGGGGAAUCAGUUUGUCACUGUACGGAACAGAUCAAAAUGAGAAGCUGAAUUGGGUGGUGAAUAUUCAUCUCUGUUUUCAAGCUAUUAGAGGUGUUGGGAAUACCGGAAGCAGUGUAAUUGCUAGCAUUUUGUUUGUGCUUUUAUAAUCCCUUAUUUGCCACGUCAUAGUUACUUCAUCCUAACUGGGAGCAAAACUAGAGCAUCCAUGCAGACACUAACCAGCUCAUGUGACUACAAAAUUCCAGCACAGCUUUGGGUGGCGGCAGGGUGUGUGUGUGUGUGAGUUUAAAUCGGUAAUAUGAGAUGUUACUGACCUUUCUAAGAAAACCUCAGUGGUUUAUUUUGCCUGGAGCAGAUGUCUGGUUACAAACUGGCAGCAUGAGACCAUUAGUCAUUUUCAGCGAACCUGAUAGAACUGAAUCUUCUGGCCCACGCUGGGAAUGGACUGCAACACUUGUCACAACUGCUAGGUGACAUCCUGAGUGUGUGUCCCUCUGUGUUUAAGCAGCUUUCACCAGAAGAAAGCCAAAACUUCAAGUCAAACAUUCUUAUUUCACUUCGCUUGCUAAAUAUUUCUGUCUGUAUGGGCAUGCAUAGCCUCCUAAUCUGGGCAGGAUUUAUCCUGGGACAGGCAAGUAAGAAUGUGAUGGAAAUUUACUAAAGGCCUCUUCACAAGAAGGGGAAAGUGAGCUCAGGCAGCAUGCUGUGAGGCAGCAGGAGGAGGUCCCUCAAUAAUAAUCAUAAUAAUAAAUUUAUUAUUUAUACCCUGCCUAUCUGGCUGGGUUUCCCCAGCCAGUCUGGGCAGCUCCCAGCAGAAUAUUAAAAACAUGAUGAAACAUCAAACAUUAAAAACUUCCCUAAACAGGGCUGCCUUCAGAUGUCUUCUAAAAGUCAGAUUGUUGUUUAUUUCCUUGACAUCUGAUUGGAGGGCAUUCCACAGGGCGGGUGCCACUACCGAGAAGGCCCUCUGCCUCGUUCCCUAUAACCUCACUUCUCACGGUGAGCGAACUGCCAGAAGGCCCUCGCAGCUGGACCUCAGUAUCUGGGCUGAAUGAUGGGGGUGGAGAUGCUCCUGGGACAAGGUCAUUUAGGGCUUUAAAAGUCCACAGUGUGUACUGAGGCCUUCCUGGGAUCCUGUUCCCACCUCACCCCAUGUACCCUACAAAAAGCUGUUCCUGAAGGUUGCAGGGACCCUAUGAAGAGUCAUUUGCAGAUGGAAGGAGAAUUCAGCACCUAUUUAUGAGAUUCAAGUGCCUGUUUAAGAAAAAAGAAACUUUUAGGUAAGGUCAGAUCAGAUCAGAAGAAUCUUUAUUUGCAUCAGCUGCUAGCCACAGCAAUAAAAUAAAAUAAAUAAUAAUAAAUAAAUAAAUAAAUAAAAUUUUAUUUAUAUCUCGCCCUCCCCAGCCAAAGCCGGGCUCAGAGUGGCUAACAACAGUAAAAUAAUACAAUAUUCUAAAAUCAUUUCAUUAUAUGUACUGAAGAAAAAGGUAAAAACUUAGCUAUGCAAAAUACAUUUUAGAGGUUUACAUCAAUAAUCAAAUAGAUCUUAUCCUAAUUGCCCCUGCUAAAAAAAAUGCAGUUUUUGCUGUCACCUGAUUAAAAUUUUUGUGUCAGUUUUCAGUACAUGCAAGCCUAGUAACAGAGUCUUUGCUUCUCCAAUUUUGAGGGAUAAAGCUAAUGCUUUAGGAGGCUUAACAUGCAUAGGCACCAAUUAUGUGGCACAAAUACCAGGUAGGCCCAGGCGUGGGGACAGGUUGGACAGGUGCGGCUCUACUGCCCAGAUAUGCAUGCAUUACUCAGCAUCUGAAUAAGCUUUAAAUAACAAAAUGUUGCACACAGUUUGUUUGUUUGUUUGUUUGCUUGCUUGCUUGCUUGCUUGCUUGCUGCAACAGCAGGAGGAGAAAGAGAUCAGCUUAAUAAUAUUUCAUUUUAAAGUGGGUGAUAAUCCUUACCUAUGUAUCUCAAGGUCUGCAGGUGAGGCAGGAGAGGGGCACAGGGAUUUGGUUUUCUUAGGGCUUUGAUUUUUGAUCUGGUGAUAAACCAAUUAUUUUAUACUAAAACCAUUUCCAAACCACACUCAUUAUUUUAUAAAUCCAAAUUUUAUACAUCCAGUCAAAUACAUUUUAUUGUUGUAAGCCACUUUCAAAAAAUUUUUAAAAAAUAAAAGCAACAUAGAAAUCACUUUACCCCCCAAAAAAAUCCAGUGAAUAAUCAAAGCAAAACAAAACCAAGUAGAUGUUUUAUCAUUUUGUUAUAUUAAGGAAUAAAACAUUCCUAAAGCCAUCAGUGCACUACCAGAAUCGUUAAAAAUUGGCAUCAACCGUCAGGGAAACAGCUGAGCAAAGACGUAUGUUUUAACAAGACGUAUGUUUUAACGCACCUCACUGUUAGUGCUUGCCAAAUUGUAGAAAUCAUGGAAACGGGCGGGAAAGUGUGUGGUUAUUUCCAAAUGCCUUGUGCCUCCUUAAGGCAGUUUUCUACUGGAUUGGGUUGGACAGGUUAGACUGCUUUUGCAAUAAGGAAUACUAUUAUUUGUUUAAAAAGAAAAUAGGCAGGAAGAGAUGCUUUGAUACCUUGAUAUACCCAGUUGCAAUUAAAGAGCUCAGUACCGUCCACACAGUUUUGGCCAUAUAUUUUGUUCACCUGUUGCCUCUUGUUGCCACUGAGCUUUCAGGCCUUUCUGCAACAUAUAUAAGAAUAGAAGCUGUAAAUCUGAGUGGCAAAGUUCUUGUCCUGCCCAGCGUUGACAGAAGUGGUUGAGGGAUUAAAAAAAAAACCUUUGAGAGCAGGAAAAGCUCUUGUGCAGAAAUGUCAAGUACAAUUUAAGAUGUGGCAGUUGCAUUUGCUGUCUUUAAACAAGGCUGGUGUUUGAGUGCCACUUUACAAGCUAGGGGGUGGCAAAUGUGUAUUUGUUGCUGUCUGUAUGUAUAUCAGGGAGCUGAUUCUAUUUCCUGGCAUGCAGAUGGAAACAUGCAUUUCUUCUGUAUAUAUGCUACAUUUUUGUGCACAAAUGUGUAGUUGCAGGUGGACCUAUGAGAGUAGUCGGACCCAGCACUCGGGGCAGCAAGUUGAUCUCCAGGAGGGGCCUAACCAUCAUAUUAUGGCUAUAGCUGAGGAUUAGUUUUGCUGAGUAACAAAAAGGUGAAAUUAUUUGAGAGCAAAGUCCCUGUUUGUUUUAUUUGUUGGUGAGUUUUUAAUGUUUGUUUUAAUUUUUCAGCUGGGAAGUCAUUGAUUCCAAGUCUGAAUACAGGAUCAGGCUGAACCAGUGCAUGGAAGAAGCAAUGAUGAGUUUCUUUGUCUUUCUCCAAGAAAUGUCUCACUUCAAAGAACAGAACCCAGGCAAGGUAAAACGAAGCUUGCAAUUUAUCUUGUUCCAAUGAAUAAACUUCCUGGUACUUUGUGUCAAUAAUCAAUGUAUAAACAAGGAUGUUAACAGCAGAACCAUAUAUAUGUGUACUUAGUGGUCCCAUUGAUCUUGAGGGAAGGCAAUGCUAACAUACUCAACAGCAUAAAGCAUAAAGCUAUGUUUAUGGGUGCCUAUUGUGAUGAAGCACUAUUUAGCCCAAGAAAAAAGUUCCAGGAUCCCUUUAGAUAGUGGAAAAGAUGCUGUAGUAUAACUUUGGAUUGUAGUCAACAGCACACUAUCUCACUGUUCUGUCCAGCAUCCUUUUCCAACAUUGCAAGUGCUUUUCCUGGUGUUGCACCGCUUGAAUUAUGCAAGACAACCACUUAAGAUCGCAAAAUAUGUUGGACCAGGUCUCAUUAUGAGCUGCCAAUCAGUUUUGGGAUUAAUGAAAUCUUACAGGUAUGAAUGUGUACAAUAAAUUGAAUUACUCUCCCCACUCCUCUUUUAGCCAUUGUUGUGGAUGCCAGCAGUAGUGAGCUGACUUCUGCACGAUGACUAGGAGAAUAUCGGUUAGUAAAAAGGGAUGCCUGUAUGCGGAAACACCUCUUGCUUAAAUUACCAGCUUUGGAAUAAAUUGGGCUAAAACUAGCAGCAGGUUAAAACAGCUCCUCACUUCCCAGAAAGCACGCACACACUCCAGUUGUGUGUUGUGCAUGUGUACAUCUCUCACACCACCAUGAGGUAUCUGAAGAAACAGAGGGUAGUGUUCAGACUGGCCACCCAAAGUCAUCCUGUUGCCCUCCCCACAACUUUGUAUUUCCUUUGGAGUUGAAGUGGGGGCUCAGCCACCAGAAUGAUUGGGUGGGGAUGCAACUGAGCUGCAGAAGAAGCUUUUCUCUGAGCUCCUCACUCACACAAUGUAUCUGUUGUGGUGUAAAAGAAAGUGAGUGACAAAAGACACAAAAGAUAAUCCCAAAUGGCUAACAAGCAUUUUCAUCACUCUUCUGAUUUGUUUACUAAAAUGAUGGUGAUGGAAGGUAGCUCUACAAUUUUUGCUGUUGGUAAGAACAUAUUAAAAGCCAUGUUUUAGUUCAGAUGUGGCAGUGAUAUCUCUAAUCAUUACUUGAUGCUUUCUCUUAAACAGUUUUGCCUCCUGGUCUGCAGUGUGUGCACAUUCUUCACAAUCUUAGGAAGUUACAUUCCUGGAGUUGUACUCUCUUACCUUCUAUGUAAGUUUCUUCCAAUUCUUAAGGGAUGCAAUAGUUACUUUACUUUCUCGGGGGGGGGGGGGGAUUCCCAUAGCAACAAGCAAACCACAUUCUGCACAGAAUUCACCAUUGCAAUUAAGAUUCUUGAAAAGAAGACGAAAUUGCAUUUUUCCUGGCAGCAAAAUAAUUGUGGCUUAAAUGUUAGGAAAAUGUGAUAUUGACAAAGCUGAAGUUCUUAAGGGCAAAAAUCUAGAUUCCCUGAAUAAAUGAAGCAGUAAAUCAAUAUUUAUUUCCUUAAAGAGAUCAUGCUGCAGUCUCAUAAACUUUUACAUUAGGUGUAAGUUCCACUGAACUAAUUGAGACUUCGACACUAUGCUACACUAACUCCCCACACAAUAUAUUCUUAGACGCUGUGGAUCCCACUAAACACACACAGAGUGCUUUAUUUAGCAAUAGAUAUUUCUAACUUGCAUGUUCCUUGGAAACAGACCAUUUUAUAUGCUUCAAGAAGGAUUUGUAAAGAGUAUUCAAAAAAUGGCAUAGCUCAAAAGUUUACUUUUCUGCAAACUUGUUGUAAAAAAUGGUAGAACUUACUUAUUUAUAUUUCCUACUUCUGUUGCAGUACUAUGUGCCUUCUUGUGCCCACUCUUCAAAUGCAAUGAAUUUGGGCAGAAAGUAUAUAGCAACAUUAAGCCACUUCUGCUGAAACUGGACUUUGGCGUUUGGGACUAUAUCAACCAAAAAUUGAGAGAGCGAGCUGGUAAGCAGGCAGCUUUGAAUAGAUUUUUCUCCCUGUGUAAUGUCAGCUUUCUUGAGGAAAGAAGAAGGGAUGUGUUAUUUUUGUGGUUGCCAGUUUAUCCACAAAUACAAACAAAUACCAAAAAAUCUUAGGCUUCCCAUGAGUGAUAAGAGUAAAGUUUCAAAACCAAACAAUGUUGUGUAUCUUGGGAAAGUGAAUAUUUUUACUACGAAUGCAUUGUAAAGCAGUGUGCAUGUAAAACUUUGUGUAGAUAUAUAUAAUAAAUAAAUGCUAUAUAAAUAAAUUUUACACAUGUAGAAUUUAUGCACAUAAAUCUCUUGAUUUCUUUGUUAGCUACAACAACAAAACCUAGGAAUGUUUGACAAACAAAGUAGGUAACGGAAAGCUAAUUGGUUUGUAAUCUUUUCCAGAAAUUAUAAGAACAAAGUUGGCAGAUGACAACAGUGAACUAGAUGUAUCAGCCUUGUGUCCUAAGGUAGGUUGGUUCUAUAUUGAGUUCUCUAGACUACAAAUAAGCAUAUUGACUGUUGUGCUUUCGUUGUCCGGAAAGAGAAACAUUUCUCAAGAGUUGUCCACUCCUUUCUACUUGUUUGCUGCAAAUUCCAGGUGUGCUGGAAUUUUAAGAAGUUUCCACAGCCUGAUCCUGUUUAUUCAGAGGCAUGUCAGACUCUGAUCAGUAGAACUUACUCAGGAGUGAGGGCUCCCAGGGCUGCAGCCUAGAGUAAUGUAGGAGGCAUUCUUUCUCUGAACCUGCUUUUUGGCAUGAGAGGUUUAUCUUGUGAACGCAACAGGUACCACCACAAUCAAUUUCAGUCCGUGGAAAUGAAAGUCACGACUCAUCAAGCAAUUAGAAACAGGGCUCUGAUUUGUACAGCUGCCUUUGUAUUAUGGACCCUUUGCAACACAAAAAGAUUUCAUCACAAUACAAACUUAUGUGUCUACUUCUUCAGCACCUGGAGGGGGCAGAUAUUGACAUUAACAGUCCUGUGCCUAUUUUCAAAGUGUAUAUGUGACGGGGGGUCAGGAUCCCACAAGCCCAUUCCACCUCUCCCUACAGCACACAGCCCUCACUUGUUUAUGCAUUCCAUCUAAUGUGUAUAUAUAUAGGGAAGGAAAGCUUGCCGCAGUGUGCAUUACUUUACACUUGCAUUGAACAGUAUUGCCAUUUCUGUGUCCAUUCAAUCAGUAUGGAGACAGCCUUCUGGAGCAUCUCACAAUCCCUUGUAUUGUGCAUUUAACAGUGUAUUGUUAAAAUACAUUACUAUACAAUGAAGCAACAAUGAAAUAUUGUUGCUGCAUAAUUGCAGUUUUUUUCUCCUUGUAUCUUGUAGUUAGAACUUUACAUUCCACAAGUAUAUAAAGCAAGAGUUUCUUGAGAUGCUAUCUAAGUUAUACCUAGAGUAGACUCAUAGAAAUCAGUGGACAUAACUAACUUGAAUCCAGCUAUUUCAAUUAAAUCAGUGGAGUCAAGUGAGUUAACUUGAUUGAAUUCACAUGGUGUAAGUUUUAAAUGUGUAGGUAUUCAGUUUAGCCUAGAAUUUAAGAGUGCCAUGCUUGACAGUUUUCUUUUUUUCAAAAUACAGGUUAGCCCUACAGUCGUGGCCAGAGAGAUGUCUGUAUCAGAUACUGAUAUAUCGGAAGUAUCUUGGACUGACAAUGGGACUUUCAAUCUUUCUGAGGGCAACACUCCACAAACAGACACAUCUGAUGGUACGUGCAUCUUGCUUCCAAAUUUGUAGGGGUUUUUUUUGCAUAUGAAAGCACUUUUAUUUAAUUCUGUCCCUCUCAAGUCUAUUUUUAGUUUACCUGGUAAUCUACAUUUAAUAAUUUAUGCACAAAAAGGUAUCUUAAGUAGAUACUUUUGUGUUAAAACUAUAAUGGUAGAAAACUAGACACCACCAUCCCCAACUCACAGAUGACAUUUUCCUAUUCUAACUAAAAUAUUUGUUCACUAACAUUUGCUUUGCAAAUGUUGGUAACUGUAUCAUCAGUGAUCACUUCUCAGUGUGUUGUAUGAAUGAAUAAGGCAUGCACAUGAAUGUAAAUGGUCUGAGGGUAUCAGAUGAUGUGAGUCACUGAAGAAGCUAAGGGCAGACCUGGUUAGUAACCUAGAUGGUGCAAACCAAUCAGAUAGGUAGGGUAUAAAUAAAACAAUUAUUAUGUUUAUGAUUAUGAUAAAAAGAAACUGAAUGCAAUCAAAUGAAAUUAUAACAGAUCAGCUGCAUGCUUUAUUAAACCAGUGACCUUCAGCCUUUCCAAAUCUUGGGUAACAUUCAACAAAUUUUACUCAGAGUAAACCUAGUGGCCCUAACUUAGUCCUGUUCAUUAAAUACAUUUGCUCUGAGUAAAAUUUAGUUGAUUACCAUUCUUAAAAUUUACCCUUUAUCUAUAAGUUUAAUAUUUACCUCUCUAGAUUUGUUCUCUCGGUCUUCUUUCUUCCUUUUCUUUUUGUCUGUGUUGGGGAGGAACUGUUGAUGUACCCAGUAGGCAUCAUGUCUUACGCCUUUAAUCAUUUUGGCCUUUUAUGGAGUCCUUCCAAGUUGAUUUACAUGCCGACGUUUGUUUUUGUUUUUGAGUAUUCCUGGAAGUGGGCAUGACAUUUAUUUAUUCAAUAGAAAUUUGUGUUGUAUCAUAUCACGGAAACAAGCUGUUGAUAAUGGCUUCUCCUGUCGAUUGUUCAAUAGAUUUGGAUCGCCACGAGGAAGCUUUCGCAAAAGAUCUCGCAGAAUUUCCAUCCGUGGAAAACGGUGCAGGAACAAAUGAUGACGACGAUUCAAGCAUUGGCAUCCCUGUCCGUCAAGAGAGAAAAAAGGACCAUCUCUCUACCACAUCAGCUUGCCGUAACAGGCAGGAUAAGGAGGGGCUCUCUGCAGCAGGCCUUUCCUUGCCAUUGAUCAGCGACCCGGCUUUCAGCUUAGUAAGAGCAGUUGCCGGAGAUGUUGUUACGUCGGUGGUGUCCGCAGCUGUCAGAGACCAGUUGCAGUCUGUGCAAGGCGACCCAAACUUAAGCGAAGAGACAGACACAGAGGAAGGCGAUGAUUUUGAACUGCUUGACCAGUCAGAGCUUGAGCAGAUAGAAAGCGAACUGGGGCUUACCAAAGGCCAAGAGGCAGAACCACAAGAAAAGAAGUCUUUAGGCUUCCUCUCAAACCUGCUUGGGGGCCAUUAA